AUAAGCUUCUUAUUUUUUUAAGUUAUUAAUUGUUGUUAGCUAAAAUAAAUACAAAUUAAUUUGGAAUGAUGGUGGAUUGCCAGCCUAUUUUAAUCAUCACAAUAUAUUGUUAAAAAUUUACAAAAAAUGUCAAAAUCUGAACAAAAGGAACGUUGUACUCAGCUUACUCUGAAAUCGUAUUUCAAAAAUACUGAAAAGAAACAAUUUACUCCACACAAUUCAAACAAUGUUGUAAUAAUAUGUGAAAGUGACGACGAUGACGACGACGACGAUAAUAAUUUCAAUACUAAAUCUAUAAUUCCUAGAGCAUGCGAGCAUGUAGAUUUAACAGGUCCACAGCCUACCGUUGUAGUUUCAAGAAAUGUAAUCGAUCCACCUGCUCCAGAUUCUUUAAUCUCAGUUGUAAGAUACGACAAUAUAUUUGAUAUGUAG